AUGAGGACAACGGUUUGGUUUCUGCUCUGGGUGUGUGUUUGCUGUAUUGCUCCGACAUGUUGUUGGCACGACUUGGACAACAGCGAGUACGACUGCUGGCCUCUCCACAAACCUAACGAAUACAACAUGAUCGACUGUGGAGGUCUGGAGAUGGCCUGGAUCGUCCGUCCUCCUGAAACGGUGAAGACCGGCGAGGUGUUCAGCGUCACGUACUCCGUUACGGCUCAGGACUCCUUCUACCACUGGGCUGUUGAAAACCACAUCUUCACCCGCAGUUACAUCGUAAACGCCGAAGCAGCUCGGAGCUUCUGUGAACAUCACGACUGUCCGGCCAACUGGAAAGACGCAAAUGGAGAAAACUGCUGCAUUCAUCACGCUAACAUCCACUCCUGUCCUCUGGGACACAUGACGUCCGAGAGCAUCUGUGGCCCCUGGAUUCCUGACGACGGCAAAAUCUUCACGCACACCCUCUCUACGUCCGGCAAGCUGACGCAGAGCAACUGGACGGCCAAAGUGGUUUUGGUCCACUCUGGUUUGACCUCCCUCAUUGCUCACAUUCGAGUUGGUCAGAUGCAGGUUGCUCUGGAGGCCAAGAGCACCGUGUUGCCUGCUGUUGUUUGUGGUGACGGUGUGUGUGAGGAGGCGGAGCUUUGUUCCACCUGUUCAGCCGACUGUGGCGAAUGCCCCAUGACGCCGGCCACCAAGUUGGCCAUCAGCCUCCCGCUCAGCCUGCUCUGCCUCUGCCUGCUACUCACCGCCCUGUGGAUGAAGUACCACAAGCAGAAGCUGCUGUGGGACGAGAGCUGGAUCAUCGACUACUCCACAAUAAAACAAGAUCAUGAAGCUCGUACGACCAUGGGCAGCAUCAUGAGCGUCCCACAGGGGAACAGCGACAGUAACACCAGCUGUAUAACGGCUCUCAGCUCGUGGACGGGACAACCAGGGACCCGAAUAACCAUGUUCACCUGCACCGGGAUAUAUGACGGCAGGACAGUGGCCAUCAAGAGGAUUCAGACAAAGACUUUCUCUCUGUCCAAAACCAUCAGACAGGAAGUCAAACAAGUCAGGGAACUGGAUCAUCCAAACCUCUGUAAGUUCACUGGGGGGUGCAUUGAGGUUCCAAAUGUUGCCAUCGUGACAGAAUACUGCCCCAAAGGAAGCCUUAACGACGUUCUGCUUAACGAGGAGAUCCCACUCAACUGGGGCUUCAGGUUUUCUUUUGCCAACGACAUCGCCAGAGGGAUGUCGUACCUCCACCAACACAAGAUCUGCCACGGUCGCCUCAAGUCCAUGAACUGUGUCAUAGACGACCGCUGGGUUUGUAAAAUAACAGACUACGGACUGAGAAUGUAUCGCAGGGAUGAUGGGGCGGAGCCUCUUUCGACCUAUCACCAGAGACUGCUGGAGGUGUACAUGCCGCCCGAGUUUCAAAACUCCAACAUGGAGCCGACGCUGACCGGAGACGUGUUCAGUUAUUCCAUCAUCCUGCUAGAGAUCGCCACUCGCAGUGAUCCCGUCCCCGUGGAGGAGUCCAACCUGGAGUGUGCCUGGUGUCCUCCUCUACCGGAACUGAUCUCCAGUAAAGUCGACAACACCUGCCCGUGUCCUGCUGACUACGUGGAGCUGAUCCGGCGAUGCCGCUCUCACAACCCCGUCCACCGACCCACCUUCGAACAAAUCAGGAAGUUUGUUCACCGGAUCAACCCGGUCAAAGUCAGCCCAGUGGACAUGAUGAUGAACCUGAUGGAGAAAUACAGUAAACAUCUGGAGGUGCUGGUGGCCGAGCGAACUCAAGACCUGAUGCAUGAGAAACAGAAAACUGACCGGCUGCUGUACAGUAUGCUUCCGAAGCAAGUAGCUGAUGAUCUGCGUCAGGGGAAACCGCUGCAGGCCCAGAGCUAUGUCAGCGCCACCGUCUUCUUCAGUGAUAUCGUGGGCUUCACGCAGCUCUCCUGCAGCAGCACUCCUUACCAAGUCGUGGAUUUCCUCAACAAACUCUACACAACAUUCGACGACAUCAUCGACAUCUACGACGUCUACAAGGUGGAAACCAUCGGUGACGCCUACAUGGUGGUGUCGGGCGUGCCGCUGGAGAACGGGAUCCUCCACGCCUCGGAGAUCGCCAGCAUGGCUCUGGACCUGGUUGGCGUCUGCCGCACAUUCCGGAUCCCUCACAAACCCAACAUGCAGCUGCAGAUACGAGCUGGGAUUCACUCCGGUCCGGUGGUGGCAGGGGUUGUUGGGACGAAGAUGCCUCGUUACUGUCUGUUCGGGGACACAGUCAACACAGCGUCGAGGAUGGAGUCCACCAGUCUGGCCCUGAAGAUCCAGUGCAGCUCCAGUGCCUUCUACCUGCUGGAGGAGAUCGGCGGCUACGUGCUGCAGUGCAGAGGAAUGUUGCAGGUCAAGGGGAAAGGUGACAUGGUAACGUACUGGUUGGAAGGGAAGAAGACGUCUCUGGUUGGAAGGGACAUCAUCCAGGACGCCAAGACGGCCAAAAGCGUCAACAUGGAGCUGGUGACCGGGACUGAGAAGGAGCCGGAGCGCUUCUCGUCCAUCCCGGGGUUUCUGAACGGCGACCUGCUCCUGGAUCCGAUCUGAUCUCUUCAGUUCAUCAUGAGUUGGUUGAGUUGAGCUGAAAGUGUUUGUACUUUCCAUUUUUGCUUUGCUGAUCAAACUGUUCUUUCAUUGAUUCUUUAAACUUUCAAGCUUUGACUUUUAAUGAUGUUGAAAUUUCAUUCUAUUUUUCCUGCACAGAAAAAAGGAUUGAAAUGAAUUUAAAUAGAAACGAUGGAGCAUUUGAAUUGAUAGAAUAACUUAAAUUCAUCUCAAUGUUUUUCUUUUUCCGUUGAGUUUGGGUUUAUUAUUAUCAUCAUGGAUUAAAUAUGAUACAAUUAAAAAUUGUCGCAUGUCGCAUUUUUGGAUGAAUUGAAAAGACAAAGAAGGAGGGGGGGGGGGGGGUUAUCUGCUAGCAGACAAGAUGGCCGACAGGACAAGAGGACGGGACCUGAGAGAUUGUUUUGGGGGAAUAUAAAACUGAAACACCUAUCAUCAAUCUUUACAAAUUAACAAGACGAUGAAAUUAAAAGUGUUUAACUAACCAAGAUGCUGUGAUUUUAACUAUUUAUGUGAUAAACAAAGAACUGCAGUGUGUGUUACGUGGGCCCAUCUGCAGGAGAGGUUUUCAUGAAGGACCACAGCUGCAAAGGGCAACAGAAAAGUGGGUCAACAAGUUGGUGCCACUGAGGUUGGAUCUUCAAGGGUUCAUUCUACAUUUAAAAAAAUAACUCCUGUCACCACCGAACAGGCGUAGACCAGGAACCUCUUGAUAUUUAACCACAGUUUAAAAUCUGAGACUUCAAACUGUCAGGAACCUGUUUCUAAAUCAUGU